CUCAGGGCGACCGCCGAGGGUCCUUCGGCGCGAGGCCCGCUUUCUGGUCAAGAUGGCCCCGCCCGUGCGGCUCUGAGGGCAUCGCCGAGUUGGGCUGGACGCCGCGCUCAGGGUUGGAACCCCGGGCUGGUCUCCGGUGUCCCGGGCGAGCGGUUGGAGCCGCCAGACAGUUUUCUACAGCACCUGCUUCAUUUUACGUUCCCAUCCGCUGUGCACCAGGGUUCCAGUUUCUCCAGACUGGAGAACCCGUGAGAGAAGCUGCUACCAUGGUUUGCUCGGCUCUCAGGAGGCUCGUCCAGGUGCACGUCUCCCUGGCGAGGAAGGCCAGCAGUGUCUGUCGGGGCCACGAGCAUCGGCCUGCCACCCCAGGGGCCCCGGGUGGCGUGGUGGAGCUGCUGGGGAAGUCCUACCCGCAGGACAGCUACAGCAACCUGUCCCGGAAGGUGCUGUCCAAGGUGGGCCGGAACCUGCACAACCAGCAGCAUCACCCCCUCUGGCUGAUCAAGGAGAGGGUGAAGGCGCACUUCUACCAGCGCUUCGGGGGCCGCUCGGGGACGCCGCUCUUCUCCGUCUAUGACAACCUGUCCCCGGUGGUCACCACCUGGCAGAACUUCGACAGCCUGCUCAUCCCGGCCGACCACCCGAGCCGGAAAAAGGGCGACAACUACUACCUGAACGAGACGCACAUGCUGCGGGCGCACACGUCGGCGCACCAGUGGGACCUGCUGCGCGCGGGGCUGGACGCCUUCCUGGUGGUGGGCGACGUCUACCGGCGCGACCAGAUCGACGCCCAGCACUACCCCGUGUUCCACCAGCUGGAGGCCGUGCGGCUCUUCUCCCGGCACCAGUUAUUUGCUGGCGUGAAGGAUGGAGAAAGCCUGCAGCUUUUUGAACAGAGUUCUCGCUCUGCCUAUAAACAAGAGACGCACACCAUGGAGGCCACGAAGCUCGUUGAGUUUGAUCUUAAGCAGACACUUACCGGGCUCAUGACCCAUCUUUUUGGAGAUGGACUGGACAUUAGAUGGGUGGACUGCUACUUUCCUUUCACUCAUCCUUCCUUCGAGAUGGAGAUCAACUUCCACGGAGAAUGGCUAGAAGUUCUUGGCUGUGGGGUGAUGGAGCAACAACUGGUAAAUUCAGGAGCUGGCCAUGGACAGCAUUUCUCACAGGGUGUGACCUAGAACCCUGGGUAUUCCUAGGUGCUUCCCAGGAAAAAGAAGAUGUGAUCUUCGGCUGAGUGUGGAAACCUAGAAUUCCAGAGCAGUGAAGAAUUGGUGCUGGGAAGACAGGAUAGAAGCUGUUAAUCCAGAUGAGAAGGUGAUGCCUGACUUUGAGCAGUGGUAACGGGGAGCGCAGGGGAAGGGAAGGU